AUGUUAACCGACUGUGGAUGCUACUAUGUGCCAAGCAAAGGCCUUAAUAGUGGCUACGCCCAGUAUCUUCCCCAGGUCUCGCUCAAAGCCCAUGCCACUAUCGUUUCCUCCGCGGCUAGCACGACCUUGACCCAAACCUUCGUUAACCCAUCGAUGAGCAUUCUGAAAGAGGUUUCUUACACUUUCCCUCUUUACGAUGGCGCCAGUGUUGUCGGGUUUGAAUGCAAGGUCGGAGAUCGCCUAUUGCACAGCAAGGUUAAGACCACCGAACAAGCGGACAAGGACUACAAGGAUGCCAUCGCCAAGAAGCAGACUGCUGCUAUCAUGGACCAUACCUCUCAAAACGACGUCUUCGUCAUACGUCUUGGCAAUGUUCCUGCUCAAGAGAAGGUGACAGUUGACAUCACCUUCGUUGGAGAGUUGAAGCAAGACACUCAGACAGACGGUAUCCGCUAUACACUUCCGACUGUUAUUGCUCCUCAUUACCGAAAUCAAAUGCAAUGGAGCCUGACUGACAUGUCCCCACUUGGUCAGCCUGCAGUCCUCCAAGGGAUGUCCCUCACAGUUGAUGUUCAAAUGGAGCAAGGCCUGAUUCUUCGAGAGUUGCAAUCUCCGAGCCACCAGAUAAAAGUCUCGCUGGGGCGCACUUCCUGCACAAAGUCUUCUAGCCUCGAGCCAUCUAGCUUCCAGCCAUCCUGCGCCUCCGCAACUUUGAGCUCCCGGAGUACCACCAAAGAGGUGUUGCUACAGCACGAUUUUGUCCUCCUCAUAAAUGCGGAUGGACUUGAUACGCCCCGUGCCUUGGUUGAGACCCAUCCUACCCUUGCAAACCAGCGAGCUCUGAUGGCCACUCUUGUACCCAAGUUCGCCCUCCCCCCAGCUACCCCUGAGGUGGUUUUCAUUAUCGAUAGGAGCGGCAGCAUGUGUGACAAGAUCUCAACCGUGCAAUCUGCACUCAAAGUGUUUUUGAAAUCUUUGCCUGUGGGAGCCUGCUUCAACAUUUGCUCAUUUGGAAACAGCUUCUCAUUUAUGUGGCCAAAAAGCAAGGUUUAUGAUGCUUCUAGCUUGAAGCAGGCCCUACUCUUUGUUGGCUCUAUUAACGCCGAUAUGGGUGGCACAGAGAUGGAACAAGCAGUCAUUGCCACCGUGGGAAACCGACUGGAAGGCAAAAGCCUAGAGGUUUUGAUUCUCACGGAUGGUGAAAUCUAUAACCAGGGCUCUCUGUUUGACUUUGUUCGCGAUGCGGCUGCCAAAAACACUACCCGAUUCUUUUCUCUCGGUGUCGGCGAUGCGGCAUCCCACUCCCUGAUUGAAGGUAUUGCCAGAGCGGGGAAAGGAAUUUGUCAAUCGGUUAUGGAGUAUGAGGAGCUCGAUCGCAAAGUAGUGCGGAUGCUCAAGGCUGCUCUCACUCCUCAUAUCUACGACUACAAACUCGAGGUUGAGUAUGACGAUGAUUCCAAAGAAGAACAUGAGUUUGAUAUCGUGAGCGAUGUCGAAACGGAGGGAGAGGAUUCUGCCACAGAAGUCAACGACGACAACAUUUCUGUUGGGCUCAACCAGGCACCUCACAGGAACCGAUCUCAUUCUGGCCUUCCAACUCUCACUCCACCACAAGCAAUUCAAGCUCCAUACAAGAUUCCUACUCUUUACCCAUUCGUGAGGACUACUGUGUAUCUUUUGAUGGACUCCGACAAGGCCGAGCAUAAUCCCAAAAGCUUGAAAUUCAGCGCAACCUCUAAAAAAGGUCCUUUGCAAUUAAAGAUUCCCAUUCAGAGCAUUGGAACAGGUGAGAUCAUUCACCAGCUAGCCUGUCGCAAGGCACUUAUCGAGCUCGAAGAGGAGCACGGUUGGCUCUCUGAUGCCAAGGAUGAGAGUGGGAACUCUUUCCAGCAAUUCCACCUGGACACAAAGCAGCGAAUUGCAGAACGUGAAUGUCAGCGUCUUGGAAUCAAGUUCCAAGUCACCGGAAGACAUUGCUCCUUCGUGGCUUUGGAGGACGAUCUUGAAAAGCUUGACAAGUCAGAUCACCUAGAUAACUCGAGCACUCCAGACACCUCAAGCAAUCCAAACAGCCCACGCAGAGCAUCGGCUAGGAGAAAGAUCACAUCUGUUCGGUCCAAGGAGCAUGCUGUCCAUAACCUUACGUCAAGCUUUCGAAGGCCUAUCUAUGGUGAAGCGAGGUUUAUGGACACUAGCCCGCGGGCGGGAACUGCACAGCCCUAUCAGCCGCCAUUUGGGCAGAAGUCGCACCAACUAUUGGCCCGAGCAGGGCCAGUUUAUCGAGGUGGCCCAGCUGUUCGGCAGGCGUACGUUGGAAACUUUAGUGAGACGCUGGCGCAACCCUUUGGCCAAGCAAGGAGUGGAGGAGUAUCAGAGAGAGGAUUUGGAGAAUCACGGAGUGGCCGACGAGGUGGGAGAGGAGGCGGUCUCUUUGGAGCCUCCCAAGCAAACUCUCCUUCCACCCAGAGUCGCUUUGGAGGGAGUUCGGAUUAUGCGCCAUCUGCCCCAGGAGGGAGGAUUGGAAUGUAUUCUCUUACUUCUGGUCCAGCUAGCUCUGCAGCCGGCAAUAUGGGGGCCUUUGGUCAGUCUAUGCCAUCUGCUGGUCGCCCAAUGGACAAAUUUUAUGAGCUUAUUGGGCUGCAAACCUUUGAAGGCAGCUGGAUGUGGUCGAACAAACUGUUCAAUCUUCUCGGUCUGCGCGAGCAGGAGAUCACCACGAGCAUUAUCAGAAUGUAUGAUCAGCACUGGGACACGGAUGCUGCCAAGUUUCCAAAUGUCGAGGAAAAGGCUGUGAUUGCAACUCUACUGGCUAUCGGAUAUCUGGAGAAUAAACAUGCUGAUUUACGAAGAGUAUGGGAGCUUUUACACGCCAAGGCUGAUGCGUGGGUUACGCAGAAGCUGCAACAUAUGGGGGACCCAUCUCUCGGGGAGAUGCGCUUCGAAAUACGUUCUCUGGCUUGA